AAAAGGGGAGGUCAUGGACGGAGAGCGUGACGCAGUGAUGGAGCCACGCACAUUCGUGGUUUCCAGCACCGGGGAGUGCAUCUGAGCAGACUGUGGUUCCUUCCACCCAGGGAGGAUCUUCUUAGAUGGCAGCCGGUGACGAGUGGCCCGGGACAAGAGACGAACACAAACAGGACCAACUGCUUUAGAGACAUGAGUUCACACAUGAAGCACAUCAUAACAGGAUGGGACACAGCGUUGCCGGGAUGAUGAACUACACCACUGCCGAAUGAAGGACUGGUAGAACUGGACCGCUGGCGCCUCUAUCUGUCCAAUAUCCAUGAGAAGUGCAGAGGCAAAGCACAAAUGGACGGUAAAGAUGAGCGUGGCCGGUGUUUUGGCUGCGCUCACCGUCUUGUCCAUGAUUCCCGGGGGGCUGCUGAGCGACAUGAGAGGCACUCAGGGCCUGGAAGCCCAACAACUGGCCCAGGGGUCCACUCAUCUGCAGCGUCGCCUGAAGAGAGGCUGGAUCUGGAAACAGCUGUUUGUCCCCGAGGAAGAUCCCACUCCUCGCGUCAUUGGCCAGCUCAGGUCCGAUUCUGACCGAGGCGGCUUCUCCAUCAAGUACGUGUUAUCGGGAGAAGGAGCUGGCGACGCGUUCGAGAUCGACGAAUUUACCGGCGAGAUCAAGACGCUGAAGAAGCUCGACCGCGAGGAGAAGGCCUUUUACGUCCUUCAAGCCCAGGCGAUCAACAGGAGGUCCAACGAGCCGGAGGAGCCGCAGUCGGAGUUCAUCAUCCAGGUCCAGGACAUCAACGACAACGUUCCUCAGUUCCAGAACGAGCCGUAUGUGUCCAGCAUCCCAGAGAUGAGCCCAACUGGGACCACGGUGGCCCAGGUGACAGCCACAGAUGCUGAUGACCCCAUGUUUGGAAACAACGCCAAGCUCAUCUACUCCAUCCUGCAGGGGGAGCCCUACUUCUCCGUGGAGCCAAAGACAGGAAUCGUCGUCACGUCCUGGCCCAACAUGGACCGCGAGGCCAGGGAGCAGUACCUGGUGGUGGUGCAGGUGAAGGACAUGCUGGGCCUCAGUGGCGGGCUCUCGUCCUCCACCACGGUCACCGUCAGCCUGACCGACGUCAACGACAACGGGCCCACAUUCCAGCACCACAUGUACAUGUUUCUCAUCAGGGAAAACGCCGCCGUGGGCACCACCGUGGGGAGGAUUAUGGCAGAAGAUGGAGACACCGGCAUCAACGCCAGGAUGACCUACAGUCUGGAGGAUGAUCUGGAGGAAAGCUCCACAUUCAUCAUCGAAACAGACCCGGUGACGCAGGAGGGAGUUAUCCUGCUGGCCAAGCCGGUGGACUACGAGACCAAGCGGCGCUUCGUCAUGGUCGCCGAGGCCGCCAACGACCACGUGGACACGCGCUUCCUGACGCUGGACGAGUUCAGCGACAGGACGUCGCUCAAGAUCUUCGUGGAGGACGUGGACGAGCCGCCCGUCUUCCUGUCGCCCGCCUACGAGUUCAAAGUGCCGGAGAACGCGGCCGUGGGCACCGCGGUCGGCAGCGUCGGCGCCAGAGACGCCGACACGGCCGCCAAUCCCAUCAGAUAUUCCAUCGGCAAGCGCAUCGACGCCUUCAGAGUCGACGCGCACAACGGAACGCUGACGGUGGCGAGGGCUCUGGACCGCGAGGCCGCGGCCUGGCACAACCUGAGCGUGGAGGCCAUAGAAACAAAGCAGGGCCAUUUGUCCUCCUCCGUGGCGGUGUUCAUCAAAGUGCUGGACAUAAACGACAACGUGCCGAGGCUCGCCAGAGAUUACCGGCCGUACAUCUGUGAGGGGACGCAGGCGGGAGAGGUCAUCCAGGUGAUCGGCGCCGUGGAUCCAGACGAGCCCGCGGAGGGUCACCACUUCUACUUCUCCAUGGUCCCGGAAAAGCACAUCAACCCCAACUUCACCAUCAGAGAUAAUCAAGACAACACAGCCAGCAUCCGGGCCCGCAGGAGCUCCUUCACUCGCCGGGACCGGAGCCAGUACCUGCUCCCCGUGGUGAUAACGGACAGCGGCGCCCCGGCCCUCUCCAGCACCAGCACUCUGACCCUCAGCGUGUGCAGCUGCCAGCCGGCCGGCCACUGUCCGGCGGGCGGGGUGGAGGCCCUGUCGCUGUCCAUGGGGCUCAGCCUGCAGACGCUGCUGGGCGUGCUGGCGUGCCUCGUCACGCUCACAGUGCUGUCUGUUCUAAUGCUGAUGGUGAGGAGACACAGGCGGAAGCGGCGGGAAGGGGUGGAGGUGCCGGCGAAGGGGCUGGAGCUGGAGCUGCCGGAGACGCUGUCGCAGAAGGUGCUGUAUUACGGGGAGGCGGGAGGCUUCCGGCAGCCCGCCGCCCCGCUGCGCUCCCACCCGAGGAGGAGGGAGAGGAGGCUGCGGAGGGAGGCCGUCAGGGCCAGCAUACGGAUGUCCCUGCGGGAGUCGCACCUCAUCGGCCCCGAGGACGAGGUCUUCAGGCAGUUCAUCAUGGACAGGCUGGCCGAGGCCGAUCAGGAUCCUCACGUGCCCCCGUUUGACUGCGUCACAGUCUACGCACACGAGGGCUCGGGGUCCCCCGCCGGGUCCCUGAGCUCACUGGAGUCCGUAGACUUUGGGCCCGAGCCGCCUGUUUGUCAUCCCAGACCUUCCUUAGCGCGACUCACACCGUGGUGUGGCAGUGGAGACGAGGAUACCAUCUUCUGAGACAUGGCUUAAAGUGAAAUGGCUAAGGUUUUUUUUUGGUUGAUUGACUUGGACAGUGCAUUUAUCAACAUGACAGUAAAAUUACUUAAAAGCU